AUGUCGUCGUGGGAACAAGUUGUGCAGGAGGCUGACCAGGCCACAAAAGUGAAGGACAUAACAGCUGCGCACAAAGUUCUUCACAAGGCUAUCGAAGGCGGUCUUCACCAUCCACAGCUUUCAUGGCGGUAUGCACGCUCGCUCUACGAAAUGGGGGAAGAAACAACCGACAAAAAGGUGCGACAGAUGUACUUCAAGGAGGGACUUGAGUGGGGUAAAAAGGCUGUGGAGGAAGAUCCUAACACCGCUGCAGCACACAAGUGGUUUAGUAUUCUCCUCAGUGCGCAGAAUGAAUUUAUUGGCUCUAGAGAAAAAGUGGCAAAUGCCUACAUCAUCCGCGACCAUUUCCUGAAGGCGUUGGAACUUAACAAAGAUGAUGCCACCGCACAACAUUGCAUGGGAAUGUGGUGCUGGAAUGUACUACAGGUUGGUUGGGUGGAGCGUCAGGCGGCAGCUUUGCUUUUUGGGGCGCCGCCUACCUCUACCCCUGAAGAAUGCCUGAAGUAUCUUCUUGCUGCUGACGCGUUGGAACCAACCAUCCGCAACUGUCUUGCAAUUGGCGAUGUUUACCUUUAUCAGAAGCAAAAGGCAGAGGCAAAGGUCUGGUUCCAGAAAGCUAUUGAUCUCCCUGCCAAUACGCAAGCCAACCUGCGACAACAGGAAAAUGCCAUGAAGAAAUUGGCUUCGUGUUAA